AUGGGAAACUUGCCGUUGCGUAAGUUGAUGUUCACCUCAAUCAUAAUAUUCGCAAUUGUAAGCUUCGGCGUCAACUUCUGCGAGGCGUCUUCUCAGAUUGCGAAAGAGGUUGAGACGCUAACGACUAUAUUCUCACCACCGACCACGGAUAUGCCAGCAUCGACACAGUCGAGUGCUAAACAAUUAAACUCCACACUGCCUUUGUCAACUGCGACAUCGACAACAAAGGGUAACGUCAACGAAACAAUAGCGACGGCCAAGAGCACAACAACCGCACGGGGCACAAAGGCGCCAACGGAAGCUGAAACAAAGAGCCCAGUGAAAAGUGCAAGAAAGCUAAACGCCACUAGUGCUUUCAGUGGCGUAGCGCAUUCCCCGCCGCGGUUUCAAGACCACUUGGCUGCCAUAGAUUGCGAUCUGCCGUUGUUGCCGCGCGAAUCUCGCCUGUGGCGUGGCAACGAGACCCAUGAACUGAACUUACCCGUGACGGAGGAUUGCGGGGCUGGGCGGGGAGGGGCAGGUGAGGAGGAGUGCCCCCCGGUCAUCGUGUCGUGGGAGGCCGCCGCAGAUAUCCAGAGCGGAGACAUUCUUAUCGUGCGAAUUGUGGACUCCCUACUCCUCGACAGCUUCGGUCACGUCGGCUCGAAGAAUGAAACCGAAGAGUCGAAUUCUGUCCACGGUUCCAGCGAGAGGACACAUCACACGCUGCUCCAGCCGGCCGUGUAUCAGGUGACGCGACAGGGGCACCUCCAUUGCGACGUGUCGGAUGGGAUGCUUCUCGAUAUCACGCCACUCGACGAGGAUGGCGCUAAGCUGUUUACGCUCUACGACAAAGACCUUACCGAGGGCGUCAAUUUACUUAUAGUUGUAUCUGAGAAUUGGGGUUCUCAGUGCGUUCGAUUGAAAGUAACAGUAAAAUCCGACAAUUGUGGGGAGUCGCAGGAUUGUUCCGGGAAAGGUGUAUGUUACACAAACGUAUCAAUGGAGGGUUACGAGUGUCAAUGUUGCCGUGGCUAUAUGGGCCCUCACUGUGAGGAGAGGGACGCGUGCAAUCCAUUACCUUGCCUGAAUAAUGGCAUAUGCGUCGACCUGACACAACCUCUCAACGGAGCGAACUAUCACUGUCUAUGUCCUUACGGUUUCACGGGUAGAAAAUGCGAGAAGGACCCUUGUUACUCGAAGCCAUGUUCAAACGGUGGGUCGUGUAUGAGCAUGGCGGUGAAUGGGUCCACGACUUUCCACUGCGCGUGCGGCUCCGGCUGGAUGGGUCCGCAAUGCGAGUUUCCCGUCAGCGAAGCCUGCGCCGCCAAGCCCUGCGUUAACGGCAUCUGUGUAGAGCAGACCGGCAGCGACCACGGCAUUCAGAACUUCCGAUGUUUCUGUGAGCCUGGGUACACGGGCGAGCGCUGCGAGCUUGAGUACAACGAAUGUGAGUCGUCACCUUGCUUGAACGGGGGCACGUGUACAGACCGCGUGGGCGGUUUCCUCUGCACGUGCGGCCGUGGGUACGCUGGCAACACGUGUCAGCUAAAGGUCAACCUGUGUUCCCCGAAUCCUUGCUCCGAGAAUCACUAUUGUACCGAUCGCGGUAACACAUACACUUGCGAGUGCGUAGAUUGCAACAAGCCGACUAGAUCACCGUGUGAUAAUAAUCCAUGCGCACAUGGCGGCACAUGUUGGAGCAGCUCCAAUUCCUUUUACUGCUCAUGCCGCGCCGGAUACACUGGAAAACUUUGUGAAGAAGAUUUCAUAUUAGAGUCCGUGGUAGAAGGCGGAGUGGGUGAUGUGGCUGUGCGCGAGACAGAAUCGCGAGCGGGUGGGGUUCGGGAAUUGAGGCUUCCGUUGGGCCUAUACCACGAUCGUCUGCACAAUGUCUACAUAGCAGCUGGGACGCUUGGGGCCGCGAUAGCAAUAGUUGGCGUCGUUGUUACCGCGUGUCACUGCCGAGUGAACAAGACAUAUGCCCGGAUACUCUCCCGGCUCUCCCGCGUUACCGAGUCGGGCCCGCCGCACCACUGGCUCCAGGACAAGCGCGCGCCCCCCGCCCCCCUGGCGCCCCCCUCGGCCGCCCUCGACACCACCGACAUGUACUACACCCUCGACUUCAGCGACAGCCAAAGCUCCCCCCUCAUACAA